AUGCCUGUCAGAAUUACAAGAAGCCGGGCUUCGUUCCCUCCGCGCGCAACGACAUGCAUUCUUGUCAUAUUUAUUUGGCUUCUUUUUCGUCACCUGCCAAGUCCUCCAGUCACCCAAAACAACACCCGCGCGGACCGUCCACGCCCGAAGAACCAGGCAGAGGAGCGACCUCACUUUCUCUUUCAAUCUCCAUUCCGAAAGUCUCCAGAUCUACAAUACGAGAGACAGAUAUCGGAUGCCUUGGAAAGACUUGCGCAAAGCGUCUUAUCCAAGAAUCAUGGAAACAGCAGAUCUGAGGACAGGAUAUGGCAGAUCGCAGCAAACGAUGCGAUGAGGGGGACGGAUUCCAGGGAGUUUGAAGCAAGAAAUGACGAGUGGGCGUAUACUUUAGUCAAUGAUAAAAAGGCCGUUGAGUUUGUGACCACCGAGCUGUCUACUAUUCCUGAUAUCGCAGAAGCAUACAAAUCUUAUCCCCAUAACGUUCUACGGGCAGACUUUCUCAGAUACUUGCUUCUUUGGUACUACGGAGGUUUCUAUGCAGACAUUGAUGUCUUCCCCGCUCGCUCGAUCAAAACAUGUUCAGCAUUGCGAUCAUUCUUUCCAACACCCCAAGACUCCACCCAAAAAGCUCAUCACAAUGUAUCACUUGUUGUUGGCAUCGAGGUCGAUGAGCCAUUUGCUUCGCCACAAUUCAUGCGCGACUGGCAUUGGGUAAGGAGCUACGGACUGAUCCAGUACACAAUGUACGCGCCGCGGCGUUUCAGUCCACUUUUGAGAGAAGCCAUUGUCCAUGUUUUAUCGCACACGAAAAAGCAGAAUAAAAGCUAUGGGAGUCCGUUUCGCAGCGCGGCCUAUGACGAGAAGACAAUUCUUGGAGUCACAGGUCCCGAUGUUUUCACGGAUGCUAUUCUCGAAACUCUGUCCUCGUCGCUACCUCCGAACCAUCCACUCAUUCAGCAAUCAAUUGCUGCAGAUGUUGGCAUUGAUGAUCUUGUGUCUCCCACGACGGGAGAGAUCAAUGAACGGGUCUCUUGGGCGCCUUUCCACCAUAUUCGGGAUCCUGUCUGUGUUCAAGAUGAUGAGGCUAUUGACGGCGCCUCUCAUGGUGGAAUAUGUGUGCUACCAGUUAAUGUUUGGGGUAAUGGACAGCGCCAUAGCCGUGCAGGGGGAUUCAAUGAUAUUGAAGCUUGUGUUAAUCAUCGUUUUGGUCGAACAUGGAAGAAGGGCUGGUGGGAGUAUAUUUUUGGAUAA